UGGGCGCCGCCCUCGCGCCGCUGCCGCCUCCCCUCAGGUGCGCGCGGCCCGAGGCGGCGGUGGCGCCGCUCCCGAUGGCGGCCCCGGGCGGGCUGGGCCGUUGCGUGGCCGCCUUCUGGCUGGCGCUGGCCUUCGACGCGCUGGGGCUGGCCGUGCUGCUGGCCGGCGUGUUCGCCGACGUGUUCUUCUCCGACCUGCUCAUCUACGCGGGCGGCAUCGGCAUCUUCCUCAGCCUCGUCUGGUGGGUSUUCUGGUACGCGGGCAACCUGGAGGUGCCGCCCGAAGAGCUGCGGGACGAUGUGGGGCUGUCGCCGCCCAAGGGCCGCGGGGACACGCUGCUGCGGCGGCUGGUGAACGGCCUCAGCCUCCGCCUGACGGCCGCGCUUGCCCCCGGCCGCCCCGCGGAGAUGGAGCUGCAGCGCGUCCCGGGGCCCCGCGGCCGCCGCGCCGACCCCGGCAGGAUCUGUUGAAGACAUGACUAUUGAUGCCCCCAAAAAUGGGGGAACUGCAACAAAUUUUGGAAAGAGAAUUCCCUACUCAAAGCAGUUGGAUUUUCUCACUGUGGAAUAAUUUCUGCAACCAAUGUGGAYUCUCCAUAAAAUGGACAUGUGGAGCCAUAUCUCUGCCAAACGCACCCAUUUCAGUGUUGGACUGGAUAUGCUUUGAAAUGAUGAAGAAARAUCCCACAAAAUCUCUUUAAGAACUGAGAAUGAAAGAAUUGAACCUGAUUUUGCUGAAAAAUCCCUGCAGCUUGUCAUAUAGUUGGUUUUAUUGUUUUGUUUCAUCUUAAUUAUUAUUUUUAAUAACCUCGAAGGUUUGGAUAAAAAGCUCUUGCACAAUGAAAAGCUCUUGCACUGUUUUUUACCAAGGUCUGGAAGUUAAACUUACUGUGAAUUUUUAUAAUGCCAGUGCAAUACUUUUGUUUGUAAGGGUGCUUUUAAAAUGUCUAUAUUAAACUAUUGAUGCAAAGCUGCAAAUGUAGUAGAAGUUGUCUAUAGUGUAAAUAAAUAAUUUACAGUGUCUCUUGUAAAGUUUGUUAUUCUGAAAAAACCUGCAAUUUGAGAUUUUGUAAGUAGACAAAUCAGUUUUAGUCCAGUGGUGUUGGAAAUUAUUUUCGUAAUGCUGAAACAUUUGAGGGAGAGAACAUGACCAAAAGAAACCCUAUUGGCUAACAAGUACUCCAAGGCUUUAUAAAAUGUUAACAAAGAGUACCUGGAAAAAGAUUUAUAUUAGUGCUAAUAAUACCUAAAGUUCUUGUGUGGAGAAAUUUCUCAUGAGUUCCUCUGGUUUUGAACUAACACUAAAAGUUUGAUCCCACCAUCAGCAAAUACUGGUAGGUCUUAAAAUUUCAAUGCACAAUUGUUCUGUGCCACACCUCAUUGAAUACUAAAGGUGGAAUUAAGGAAAAUAUUUACCAAGAACACUGUGGCUGUACUUCCUUGUGAACUCUUGAAAUGUCUUUCAGUGUAGUCUGUACAUUACUGGAGUAACUUCUUUUCUGUGCAAAUUCUCAUUUUUAAAUGUUUUCCAAAUGCUCUUUUUUUAAACAAAUUUAGAAGAACGUUAAACUUGAAGGUCUGUAAUGGGAUUUCUCCUUUACUAACUGCAGUUUUUAGGAGGUGUAUGCAAUUUGUUUCCGCCUUUUAAUGGAACUGCAAUGUGACACCACUGUGGUGUUACAAUAGUCUGAUUAWAAAAACCAAACAAACCAAACAAGCUCCUCCCUUAAAACCUGUAGAUCAGUUUUCAUUUACAAGAUUUUUUUUUUUCAUUUAAUUGUUCUAAACAGAGAGAGCUGCCUUUUCUGAUUCCCCAUAGUUUCACUUAUGAAGUGAAUGAUGAGACACAGUGAUCAAUAUGUGGAAUGAUUGAUUAGUAGCAGCGAUAAAUUAAGCUAAAACUUUUAUAUACAGUUUGCAUACUUAGUCUGGUGAAAACCAAAAUUUUCUAUUCAAGUGUUGCGAUAUAAUUACUGGAGUGAAUUGAGCAGGGCUUUGCAUUCAUUGUAUAUUACAAUGUAAUGAACCUUAAAUCCAGUAUCAGUACUUUGUAAUUGUUGCAUAAAAUGGAAUGCAACUUCACUCAAAAAUUGUGUGGGAUUCCAACUAGUUUACUAGUAUGAACAGUAUAUAUGUUUUAAAAAUUAAAUAUAGGAGUUGAUCGAUCAGUUAAUGAGGAUGUUAAGCACAGAGAAGCACUAAAGCCCUGGGUUACUGGGAUGGUGUGUCCAAACAAUGAGAGACAGUACUUACUGCGGAGCAAUGAUACUAUUAUAAGUAUUUUAACUAUUUUCUUUUUGAAAAUGUAUCCAGUUAAUGCUUUCAUGCAAUCAGUUUGCCUUCUGAAUCAGGAAGGCUAAUACUAAAUAGAAACUGGGAAUCAUCCGCAGUUAAACAUUAACAAAUAUUUAACACUAUUUUAGUUUCAUGAUAUCCUUAUCAGCCGUGCUCAAUGUAGCACAAAGUCCAUUCAAAGAACUUUUAC